UCCCAGUUUUAGGGUUUGUGAGGAGGUAGGGCGAGGGAAAUGGCGCCCAAGAGGCAAUCUGCGCGGCUAAUGCAGCAGAGGCUGCCAGAGGAGGAGCAAAUGAGAAUAGCGCUGGCAAAUUCCAUGAAGACUUUCAAGGAAGAGCAACGCCAAUGCGCCGAUCUCUCUCACUUGGACGACGUCAAGCUGGACGCUACGCAGCGCACGACGCAGGUUUUUCGUCGCAGGAAGCGUCCACGCCAGGAGGAGGACGAAGAGCCGGCGGUCUCAAACGGUGGAAACGAUGAAAAUUCUGGCAAAAGCCGGACUAUGGACGAGAUUGUUGAGAGCACUGAGAUCUUGAAGGACGCGCCGGCUAAAGCCCGUUCUGCCGGAAAAUCCAAGCAGUCGAAAACAACUAAGCGCCAGAAAUCCCUCAAGCGUCUGAUACCCUCAACCAAAAAAAAAAAGAAAAAGGACCUCGUUAGGAGUUACUUUGGAUUCUCUGCGCCUGGAAAACUAGAAGAGCCAUCGCCUGAAGGUUCCAAUGAGUUCCAGGAAGUUCUUUUAGUUGACGAUGAAGACCAUCUACAAGAUAGCGAACAGCAAUUGAAGAGAUGUGGAGUGAAAUUUGCAUAUCCCUCUCGUAAUGAUCCGGAAGCAGUAGAAGUCGAAGAACACCAUUUGCAAUGUCUAGCGGAACACGAGUAUGUCAACGACACAAUUAUUGAUUUGUAUAUCAAGUACAUUCUUGUAUCUCAAUCCACAGAACUGGAGAGGUUUCACGUUUUUAACAGCUUUUUCUUCAAACGGCUCGCUCAAGCAGUUUGCGACGAGGACUACGUUGAAAGCGUUGGCAAGCUACGGAAAUGGACGAAGGGCGUUGACAUCUAUGACAAAGCCUACGUUUUGAUGCCUGUCCAUCAGCAGAUGCAUUGGAGCCUUGUUGUGGUUUGUUUUUCAGGCCCGAAGCCUGGAUGCCAUAUACUUCACCUUGAUUCUAUGCAAACUGGGCACGUUAGUCGUCCUAUUUAUGAGGUUGUUCGCCGGUACUUGGCGGCCGAAUGGAUUUCUCAUGGUGGUGAGAACAAGGACUUUAAGAAUGUUCAUGAAAGGAAAGUAAAGGUGCCAAAGCAGCAAAACGAGUACGACUGUGGCCUUUUCAUGCUUCAUUACAUUCAGCAGUUUUUGUCAAAGGCUCCAGCCAGUUUCAGCGACUCCAUGGUCAAGGACAUGGUACAUGCAUGGUUCUCACUAGCCGAAGCAUCCAAACUUCGGACCACCAUCCGGGACAUCACGGACAAGAUAUUCUUCCCGAAAGAAGGUAAAGAGGAACCGGCGUUGGAUUCGGUCGCUAUCGACGGGGCUACGAAGCCAGAGUCAGAACAGGAUCCUUCAGCUGCAUUCAUCAACGAAGCAACUGUUGAAGGCUCGAAUGGCGAUAACACCACCCAGCAAGCAGUGACAAAUGAUACCACCCAGCAAGCAGUGGCGAAUGAUAACACCAACCAGCAAGCAGUGACGAAUGAUCCAGCAAGUGUUCCCAGCAGUGAGGAGAGACGCGAUGAUGAUCCAGCAAACGUUCCCAGCAAUGAGGAGAUACGCGAUGACCAUCCAGCAGGAAAUCCUAGCAGCGAGGAGAUACUUCCAGCUAGCACUGGCAACGAUCCGGUAAACAAUUCCAGCACUGAGGAGAUAGUUCCAGCCAGCACUGGCAACGAUCCGGCAAACAAUCCCAGCACUGAGGAGAUAAUCCCCGGAAGAAGUGAUCCAGAUGGGAUGGUUCCGGGAGAAAGUCACGAAGAUCAUCCAGCGAGCAGCUAGACUGAGCAAAGCGACGUGAUCCAGCCACAAAUCCGAGCAGCGAGAAGAAAUGCGACGAAGAUCCACACCAGAGACGACGAUGUAGCCGUGACAAGUACAUAAAACCAUGUAUUAUAAACAUUGAUCAAUUGUACGGAGGGUUUAUAUAGUA